UUAGGAAUAUUUGAAAUCAGUGGCAGUGACAGUGAAAUCUGCCAAUUUCAGGCGGCUUUUAUUUUGAAGGUGGCCUUCGCCGCCCGUCGGCGUCUUAUUACCGUAACGCCCCGUAUGACCAAAAUCCGGGGCGCAGUGCUGCCGCGGCCAUGGCGUCGCUGCGGUUCUCGGACGAAGAGUUCGAAGCCGCCUGGAAGGAGCUGGACGAGCCGCGGCUGGGCGGAGGGUGGCAGCUCUUGACCGAGACCACGGGGGUCAAAAUCUACAGACUUCUCGACGGGGAAACGGGUCUUUAUGAGUACAAAGCGUCGGGCUCGUUGGACAGCUGCAAGGCCGAGCUGAGCCCGCUCCGCUUUAAUAAUAAUAACAAUCAGGAAAUAAAUACAUUUCCAUUUCCGUAUCCCGAGAAGAACGGCGUGCUGAGAGUCCAAGACUACAAGCAGACGGUCGCCGUGGAGGCCGACGGCCGCAAUGGAACGAAGGUUUUCGUGAACUACUUCGACCAUCCCGGCGGGAUGAUUCCCACCUGGCUGGUCAACUGGGCAGCCGAGAGCGGCGUUCCUGGCUUCCUCGCGGACACGCGGCAGGCCUGCGCCGGCUAUCCGCGCUACUGUGGGAAGAAAUGAGGACAAUCGGACGGCGAGGAGGCCACGUCGUCGACCUCGCGCACGACUCGCGGCCUUCGGAUUUUCCUGCUGUCUUUUAGCGCACGCGCACACUCCAAUCCCGUCUGUGCAAUGCGAGCCGCUUGAGUUCAAAGGCACGAUCACUUUCGUGGAUGAAAACAUGUUGACUCUUUUUAUUAAAAAAAAAAAAAAAAAAUGCACGUGAUUGUUUUUCAUUGGCAGAAAACAACUUUUGUUUCUUUCUUGUCCAAACGUUCCUGUUGUGAUCUGCACUCCUGAUUGUGGAAAAUUCCGUCUCAAGUCCACUUGUAUUUCUUCUAUGCAGCUGUGUGUUAUAUUCUGCUUUAAGUGUAAUUUGUGAAACUAACGAGAUUAAAAGACCAGGUGAGA